AUGGCAAGCAGCAGCAGUACUACGAUCACCAACGAAUGGACACGUCUUAUAAGAUUUGAGGAUCACCAAGGCAAUAUCCAUUAUGGCCAACCUAUCCUUCGUGAGAACGAGAUGACGUUGGCUGAUGUGACCAGUGGUAAUAUCAAGGCACAUUUGAUUGAAGGCGAUGUUUUCGGUGCGCACCGCGUUACAAGCGAAGUAGUUACGGUGAAAAGAAUUCUUGCACCCCUUUUGCCAUCCUUUUAUCGUGGUAUUGGCCUCAAUUAUCACCGACACGCACAAGAUACCAAAGCAGCAAUUCCCAAGAACCCUAUUGUGUUUAUCAAACCAGCACUGACCACAGCAGGUCCCAUGGACCCCAUUGUCAUUCCCACGAUAUGCCAGGAUGGACAGGUAGACUAUGAAGCUGAGUUGGCCGUGGUCAUUGGCAAAGCUUGUAAGGAUGUAAGCAAGGAGGAGGCCUUGGAUUAUGUCGCUGGCUAUACCGUGUGCAACGAUGUUUCUGCACGCAAAUGGCAAACGCAGCUAUGUGGUGGUCAAUGGUGUUUUGGAAAGGGAUUUGAUACAUUUAAUCCUCUUGGGCCCAUGAUUGUCUCUUCCAAAUUGAUCAAGGAUCCAAACAACUUGAAGUUGGGUACCAAAGUCAAUGGGCAAGUGUUGCAGGAUUACAAUACCAGUGAUAUGAUCUUUGAUGUGGCUACCCUUGUCAGCUUUUUAUCACAAGGAACGACAUUGCAACCAGGAGAAGUCAUUAUUACAGGCACACCCCAUGGUGUAGGCGUUAGUCGCAAUCCCCAAGUAUGGUUACAACAUAAUGAUGUAUGCGAGAUUUAUAUCGAAGGGAUUGGAAGUCUAGUGAACCCUGUUGUAUUUGAAAAGAAGAACAAGUUGUAG